AUGGCCCUGCGACUCGCGAACUGGAGUGGCAACCUGCAGUACAGCGCGCACACGCUUCAUCAGCCGUUCAGCGUGGGCGAGGUGCAAGCAAUUGUCAAGCAGGCAGACAAAAUCCGCGCUGUGGGAUCACGGCACAGCUUCAACCCGAUUGCAGACUCGCCGAACCUCAUCUCCUGCAGCAAGAUGAAAGCCAUCCACAUUGACGAACCAAAUCGCCGUGUGACGCUUCAAGCUGGUGUUACUUAUGGCGACCUUUGCCCUCUGCUCCAUGAGCGCGGCCUUGCCCUGCACAACAUGGCGUCUCUGCCACACAUUUCUGUCUGUGGGGCAGUUGCAACUGCAAGCCAUGGUUCAGGGCAAGACAACGGCAACCUUGCAGCGGCCGUUUCUGGUCUGCACAUCGUCUUGGCAUCAGGGCAGCUCUUGGAGAUCAGCGACUCUCGCGAGCUUCGGCUUGCCGUGGUUGGGCUGGGUUGCCUCGGCAUAGUCACGCAGGUGUCAUUGUGCUUGCAGCCGACAUUCUUCAUCCGACAGAGAUGCUUCGAAGGGCUGCAGUUAAGAUCGAUUUCUUCGCAGGCGCACUUGGACGCAGUUCUCGGUGCCGCAUACUCUGUCAGCAUAUGGACCACGUGGCUUCCACCGGGACCUGCUAUGAAGUUCAGAGUUUGGGCAAAAGACCGGAUGGAUGGGACAGAUGACGAUGCAGGGCCUCUGGAGAGCUGUCUUCGGGAGGGCACGUCCCCGCUUAGCAAGUGUACGGAGUGCCAAGAGCAGCAGCACCCUGUGACCGGGCUGGAUGCGACGGUGUGUACCGAGCAAGGUCAUCCUGGCCCUUGGUAUCAGCGGCUUCCACAUUUCAAGGCCGACCAUGCACCUAGUGCCGGAGAGGAGUUGCAAUCGGAAUAUUUCGUCGCCCGGAGAUAUUCGGCGCGAGCUCUGCUAGCCCUUGCAGAGAUUUCGAGUGUUUUUCAACCGUUUUUGCUGGUCUCAGAGAUCCGCACAGUGGCGGCGGAUGAGUUGCUCUUGAGCCCGCAUUCCAAAGGCCUCGUGGGGGAGGCCGGCAGCGUUGGAUUUCAUUUUACGUGGCGCAUGAGGCAGCACGAGGUCAUGUCGCUGGUGUUGCCGGCUGUGGAGGAGGCACUUGAACCUUUCCAAGCGAGACCGCACUGGGGCAAGCUCUUUGUGAUGUCACGCCCGCGUCUGGAGUCGCUUUAUGGCCCUGUGCUUGCAGACUUUCGGGCCUUUGCGCGAAAACUGGAUCCCAUGGGCAAGUUCGCUAACGAGUGGGUGGGCCAGACCAUUGGCGACUAUGCUGACUAUGCUGACAAGCCCAACUCCGCAUCUUUGGCCGAAAAAGGGGUCGACCAGGAGGUUUUGGAAUACCUGACGGCUUCUGCUGUCGACCUGCUUCAGGAUGCCUCAAAGCGGGCGGAGGCCGCUGAAGAGUUAGAGCAAUCAGUGGCGCCUCAUUUGGAGGCCGCCGGUGUUGGGGACAUCGAUGCCUUUCUCAAGGAUUUAUUAGAUAGGAUUUUUCCAGCGAAGGAUGCGGCCAAAGAGGUUGCUGCUACUUCGAAGUCUGAUGAAGACCUUGUUUGUUGCAUUCCGAACCUGAUCCUGAUGUACGGAGGCAGCGUCAAGCCGUUGCUGAGCAACACCCUUUUUGAACUUCGACGCGGCCGCCGGUAUGGCAUCGUUGGACAGAACGGCGCUGGUAAGACAACCUUGAUGUCAAGGGUUGCAGUUGGCGACUUGCCUGGCAUGGAGAAGCUCAAGUGCUACCACCUGGAGCACGAGGGGAUCUUGGACAACAUCGACAGAAGAACUUCCUGCAGUGAGUUUGUGAAGCUGAAGUGCGAAGGAAUUGACAGUCGCUCCACAGACAAGUACCUUCACGAUGUUGGCUUCGACUCGGACAUGUUCAGCAAGCAGGUUGGCGAGUUGAGUGGAGGCUGGAAGAUGCGGCUCGCCUUGGCCUGCGCCGUUGCCCAGGGCGCGGACGUGUUUUUGCUGGACGAGCCGACAAACCACUUAGAUUCCGUCGCCGUCCGGUGGCUCCAAAAUUACCUAGUGACACAGGGCAAGAGGAUAACCGCCAUGAUCAUCUCACACGAUGCCGGCUUCCUGAAUCAUGCCUGCACGGACAUCGUGCACUUCACAAAGGAGGGAAAGCUGGUGUACUACCAGGGAAACUUCGAUGCCUUCAGGGAAAAGACGAAGCUGGAUGCCGAGGGGGCCAAAAGCGUAUUGACGGUGAGAGGUCACGAAGGCAAGACACAGGAUGAUCAAGAGAAGCCAGCAGAAGGCAAGCAAUUGGGAGUUUUACCCGCGGAUGGAGACGAGGACGGCAUGAGAUUUCCUAUGCCAGGAAAGAUCGAGGGACUCGGUACGGCCAGCAAGCCGGUGGCAACAGUGACCAACCUGAACUUCAAGUACUUUGAGGAUGCCCCCUUAGUGUUGAAGGGCGUAACCGUACGGCUGACCAUGGGCAGCCGCAUCGGAGUGGUUGGUCGAAACGGUGCUGGCAAGUCAACGCUUUUGAACCUUCUUGCUGGUGAGCUCCUUCCACCCGAGGAUGAGACGGGAGAGGUAAGUGCCGUUUGGAGACACAGAAAUCUCCGGCUGGCUUAUAUAGCCCAGCACCACUUCUUCCACCUGUCUGAGUUCCUCAAGAGUACGCCUUUGCACUACUUUCAAACACGUUUUAGGCAAGGCUAUGAUGAAGAGACGCAGCGAAGGCUGACAUUGCCACAAAGUGAUGAGGAGGCUCAGUACAGGAAGGACAUGGCCGUCAAGCAUGGCAAGCGUGGGAAGGAAGUCGAGGCACUGCUAUCCAGACAGAAGAGAGGCCGGCAGAUCCUGUAUGAGGUGAAGUGGAAGGGUUUGGACGACGCCAAGCAGAACACGUACGAGCCCCUCACCAAACUGCGACUUCUGGGGGUCGAGAAAAUGUGUGCAGCUCUUGACGACAGGAUAGCGUGUGCUGAGACGGCGAUGCGACCGCUCAGCACCAGGGAAAUUGUCAAGCAUUUGGAGCCAUUCGGGAUUUCGGAGAACAUGACCUGCCACCGGAUGAUGGAAGGGUUUUCUGCCGGACAAAAGAGUAAGCUAAUGAUGGCCGCUGCAAUGUGGACGAAGCCACACGUCAUUGCGUUUGAUGAGCCAACAAACUAUUUGGACUUUCAGACGGUCAGCUCACUUGCGAAAGCGAUCAAGCUUUUCAAGGGCGGCACCAUUGUCGUUACACACAAUGCCGAGUUCUUGCAAGAGACGUGUGAUGAAAUCUGGCAUGUGGAAGAUGGCUGCGUGAAAAUCGAAGGUAAGGAUGGCGCCCUCAAAAGCCUCGCUGCCAAAAACGCAGCCGCCAAAGCCGAGAAGGCCAAGCAAAAAAUGGAAGCCGCCCGGGUCAAGGAGGAAAAGGCUGCUUCUGGACCGACUGAAGCCGAGAACGCGCUUCAAGUGUAUUUGCAGGCACGGCAGAAGCUGGGUGCACCGAAGGCUGACAUCAAACUGAACAGCAUUGAUCUGCGGUCACUGGAUGGCUCUGAACUUCUUCUCGGCACAGACCUCACGCUCAAUCAAGGACGUCGUUAUGGUUUGAUCGGACGCAAUGGCGCGGGGAAGAGCACUCUGCUGCGGGAGAUUGCUUACUACAAGUUUGACAAGUUCCCCAAGAAUCUGAAGGUGCUGAUGGUAGAACAGGAAGUUGUCGGAGACGAUCGGAAACCCAUCGACUGGGUUCUGCACAGUGACGUAGAGAGGAGGCUCUUGCUGCAAGAGCAGAAGCUUCUCCAGGAGAAAGAUGCGCGCGAUGCGCCAGAGUCGGAACGACUCAAGCAGAUUGCGGACAGGCUCCAGGAGAUUGGUUCUGAUGAUGCGGAGCCACGUGCUGCCAAAAUCUUGCGAGGGCUUCAGUUCACGGAUGAAUUGCUGGACACGCCCACAUCUUCUUUAUCUGGUGGAUGGCGAAUGCGCGUGUCAUUGGCUUCGGCACUUUUUGCACAACCUGAGCUGCUACUCCUGGAUGAGCCGACAAAUCAUCUGGACUUUCCAGCUGUUCUCUACCUUCAGGAUUACCUGCUCUCGUGCAAGAACACCUGUCUUAUCGUCUCGCAUGAUCGGGGCUUCCUGAAUGCUGUGUGUUCGGACAUCGUUCUGCUGAACGGCAAGAAGCUGGCGUAUUACAAGGGCGACUACGAUGCAUACGUGCAGACGGUGAAGGAAACUCGCCUAGCUCAACAGCGAGCUUAUGAUGCCCAGCAGAAGGAGAUAUCUCACAUAUUGGAGUUCAUCAACAAGCAUGAUGAGCGACCCAAGAUUGUGGCACAAAAGGCCAGCAAGCAAAAAAUGCUAGAUAAGAUGGAGAAGAUCGAAGACCCUGCCGUCACCUUCAACGACGCCGCAUCUCUUUCCAUCCGAUUCCCGGAACCUGGCCAGCUGCCAAAGACUCAAUUAAUCCAGUUCGACAACAUGAGCUUCGCCUAUGCUGGCAAAGCACCACUUUUUGAGAAUGCCACUGCCAACCUGGACAUUUCUGGACGGAUUGGCAUACUGGGCGCCAACGGUGCUGGCAAGUCCACUUUGCUCAAAGUCAUGCAAAAGAAGCUUAUACCAACAGCUGGACAGAUCGAUAUCAAUCGCAACGCCAGGAUAGGUACCUUUGCGCAGCAUCACGUGGAUUCGCUCGAUCUCGAUGCGACGUGUGUAGAUUGCGUGCAAGCCAGUUUUCCAGGCAUCACCGAUCAAGAGGCCCGAAGCGUUUUGGGGCGCUUUGGGAUCAGCGGUGACAUGGCCCUCAGACGAAUCAAGACCUUGUCUGGUGGGCAGAAGAGCCGAGUCGCUCUGGCUAUUGUCACCUAUCGCCAGCCCCACCUGAUCUACUUGGACGAGCCCACGAACCAUCUGGACAUGGAGACAAUCGAUGCUCUGGUCGAUGCCAUCAAAGACUUCCACGGCGCUGUGGUGAUGGUAAGCCACGACCAGUAUUUUCUUUCCCAGGUGGCUACGGAGUUCUGGUCCGUAGCUGCAGGGAAACUAUGUGUGUACCGUGAUCUUGCUUCUGCGAAAGCGGCAACUUACGGUAUGGAUCUGCAGGACAUGAUGCGUGACCUGACGGAGUCGAUGAGGGCGGCGAAGACGGACAGUGAAGCACGUAAGGCUCGAAGGCGAACGGAGCCCAAGCCUACAGCCUCCAAAGCCGACGAAGACUUCGAGGGACCCGAGCGGUCUGCAAGGGACGACGUGAAGGCAGGUGCAGGCCGCAAGCGGAGGAGGCUUCGGCUUACGGAAAGUCAAGAUACAUCGGCUGAUCCGGCCCUUUUUGAUGCCGUUUCGAGUUCGGAGAUGGCCAUCAAAUCCAAGAAGCAACAGUCGCCUGCUGACCGCCAACAAAGCGAGACUCCGAGACAAGCUCGUGCGGAAAGCAAGGAGAGGAAAGUCACUGGGAAGGAGGAGUGGAAGAAGCAAGAGCUUGAGUGCCGUGGGAGGUCCAACAUGCAAGGCUUUGAGUCUGAAGAGGCCCACGAAGUCGAAGCCGAACCGCGUGCAUCGAAUCAGAAGCCGUCGAAAAGCCGCAAGGAAUGCGAGGAGAACAUCGAGCACUCAGAUCCUUCCGCCCAGUCGUUGUUGCGCAAUGGGGUCGCAGACUCCGAGCUUAGCGCGCCGGAGUCGAGCACCCGGCGAAGCACUGUAGAAGAAAUGUGGCUGGCAUUCGCUCAACAGCUGCUCAAGCUGGGCGUGAUCAAUGCAAGCAGCGAUGAGAUCUCGCGAUUAUUGGGCUGGCUUGCCAAGUCGUUUGUUCCCGGUGACCCCGAUGCCGUGGCCAAGAAGCUGACCGCGGCCAGUGCUUUUCUUGAUCUGGGUGUUGCUCUGCUCCUGGACGACGGAAUGGACAGCUCUGCCAACCCUGCCUUUGACUUCGUGAAGGCUUCUUUCCUAGGGCGUGCCAUUCUGGACACCGUGACCACGUCUGAUCUGGGAAACACGAGCCGAAGUGCUGCUGCAACACUUGAGCAUGUGCCCUCAAAGCAGCAGAUCGGUAGCAUCAUAAACCUUAUGAACUAUGCCCGUGACAGUGGCAGCACAGUCCUUGGGAAAGAACUGGCCCAAGACAUUCUAUCAUGCUGCACUCUGGCCUUGUCGGAAGAGACUGCCGGCAAACAGAAGGCGGCGGAGCAGUUGUCGACUGCCUCGCAGAUAACAUGUGCUGCUGGCGUUGCAGCUGUUGCGGCCUGUGGCAUCGCCGCUGAGGAGGUGCUCAUGGAACAGGCAAAGCGUUUGGCAUUAUUGGAGGCACGGUGUCGAGUUCGUACAGCUUGUAGCCAAGCUGCAUGUGCAGCCGUCGUCAGCCUUCGGAAGGAGAUUGGUCAGGAGAGCGGACAGGACCGUGGCGCCGCGGAGGUUUUCCAAGCAGCAGAAGCCGAAGCGGAGCAUCAGAGUAAGGCACUGCAAGUCCUGUGGGAAGAGUUGGAGAAGGGUCGGAGCAUUCUGUCCAGUUGGUCUGCUCUGGCCCGGCCUAUGCGCAGAUCCGAGCAGGACGGGCCGGUGCCGAGUCUCUCCAUGUCAGACUGGGUAAGACUGGAAGAUGGCCAGCACAUCAACGACUCUCUCCUGGAUUUUUUCGUGAACCGGCUUGCCGAUGGUUCAAGCUCUUGGGGGCUGGUUGAGACCUUGGCGAUUGCACGUGUCCUUGACCGGGGCACUGUUGCAGCAACGGCAAAAGCACCCGGAAAAUUUGACAGUGAGACGGGGGUGGAAGUCAUCGCGACAGAGGAGCUCCCAAUGGGGCAACAAGCACCAACAGCGGCGGAGCUUGCAGACGAGGUACAAGCUUUGCCCGCUCCAGUAUCCAGCGAGUCGCUGUGGAUCGCCAGCUGUCGCAGACUGGACUCCAUGUCUCGCUUCUCCGAGAGGUUCGUCCUCUACAUGCCAGACUGCCGUCCGUUUUGUGACAAGGGAAGGACCUGCAAACGUUUCCUUCGAGGCAACCACGACCUCUUUAUGCAUGUGUCGCCUGAUGUUCUCCAAGCUGCGGCGGCAGAGCAUUGGAAGCUCCACGGGCCCACCACUGUCGUCAACUUUCCUGCCACAAGAGAUGUGUUCUUGCCGUUCGUGGAGCGUUGCUGGCUGAUGCCGCCGUAUUCGGACGAGGCAGGACAGGCUAGACUGGCACCGUCAAGUCUGCCAGAACCUCUGCAGCAUCGCGAAGUUGUGGUAUUCGUGCACGGGUUCCGAUAUGGCACCCUUCGUGUUGUGAAAACUUGCCGGGUACUUCAUCAGUGUGCCAUCCUUCGCAACCACUCGGUGCUGGCAUUUGUCUGGCCUUCGCACAAGGGAAAACAAUCCUACAGCAAGGCCCGUGCAAAAGCGACAGAAGCAGCUCAUCUGCUUGGGUCGCUGCUGCAGCUGCUUUGUGAGAACUGUUCUUCCGUGGUCAUCCUGGCUCAUAGCCUUGGCUGCCGAGUGGCACUAACUGCACUUCGAGACAGCCUGGCAAAGGCGGUCAACGUCCAGUAUGUGGCUUUGCUCGGUGCUGCCGUGGCUUGGGAUUCUUUGCAGCCCGGUCAAGAGUUCGACCGGCAAAAGCUCUCAGUCCAGCAGUUGGACAUUCUGUUUUCUCAGCAGGACUGCAUCCUGCGGAACUAUUUCCGCCUGGGUGAGACGGCUCACGCCUGGUUCUCUGUGGAGCCGGCCAUGUCGGCGAUGGCCAAUGACGCCCUCGGCCUCUCAGGGCCUUCUGGGCCACUUCCAGGCACUGCAGUGCUGGACUUGUCCUCUGAAGUCACAUCACAUAGCGCCGAGAAGUACUUGCUCGCCCCUUCCACUCUACUGCGGCUGAGUGAGCAGAUGUGCUCAGACACACACGCUUCCAUGGCCUUGGAAGGUGCCCCACAUGGCCCAGCAACUGCUGAUCUCGAUGGACGAGAUGCUGACAGAGAGUCGGAAAGCAGUGACGAGUCAGGUGUGAGCUCUGAUUGA